CUCAAAUUAAGUGAGCAACACAACUCUAACACUCCUUUCCUUCCCUUGUGAUUGUGUAAUAUUUGCAUUUGUUUCAUCAAUUUGGGAAGACAUUCUAAAGAAGGAAAGAUAUAAUGAAGAUGGGAGAAAACAACAACGUUGCUUCAAAACAUCAAGUGUUCGAUGUUUCCAUCAAUGUCACUGAAUCCAAGUGCUUUGACGAUGAUGGCCGUCUCAAAAGAACUGGGAGCGUUUGGACGGCAAGUGCUCAUAUCAUAACAGCUGUAAUUGGUUCGGGAGUUUUGUCUUUAGCAUGGGCAGUAGCUCAACUUGGUUGGAUUGCUGGUCCUAUUGUUAUGAUUUUGUUCUCUUUUGUUACUUAUUACACCUCCGCUCUUCUUGCCGAUUGUUACCGCUCCGGCGACUCUGUUUCCGGCAAGAGAAACUACACUUACAUGGAUGCUGUCCAAGCCAAUCUUGGUGGGCUCCAAGUCAAGAUUUGUGGAUGGAUUCAGUAUGCGAAUCUUUUUGGAGUUGCUAUCGGAUACACCAUUGCAUCUUCAAUUAGCAUGAUAGCUAUUAAAAGGUCUAAUUGUUUCCACAAACAUGGUGAUCAAGCUCCUUGUCAAGUAUCCAGCACUCCAUACAUGAUCAUGUUCGGAAUAGUAGAAAUCAUCUUCUCUCAGAUCCCAGAUUUUGAUCAGAUUUGGUGGCUUUCAAUUGUAGCUGCCGUUAUGUCCUUCACUUACUCUACUAUUGGACUAGGCUUAGGAGUUGCUAAAGUGGCAGAAACUGGAAAAAUCGGAGGAAGUCUCACUGGAAUUAGCAUCGGAACCGUGACUGAAAUGCAAAAAAUUUGGAAAAGCUUUCAAGCCCUUGGAGCUAUUGCUUUUGCCUAUUCUUACUCCCUCAUCCUUAUUGAGAUUCAGGAUACACUCAAGUCUCCACCAUCAGAAUCCAAGACAAUGAAAAAUGCAACUCUAAUUAGUGUAGCAGUAACAACAGUUUUCUACAUGCUUUGUGGCUGCUUUGGCUAUGCAGCAUUUGGAGAUCUGGCUCCUGGAAACUUACUAACUGGUUUUGGAUUCUACAAUCCUUAUUGGCUACUUGAUAUAGCGAAUAUAGCCAUCGUCGUCCAUCUUGUAGGUGCAUACCAAGUUUACUGCCAGCCCCUUUUCGCCUUCAUUGAAAAAACAGCAGCAGAAUGGUACCCCGAGAGUAAAUUUAUUACCAAAGAGAUUAGUGUCCCGAUUAUGGGCUAUAAAUCCUUUAAACUCAACCUCUUCCGGAUAAUUUGGAGGACGAUUUUCGUCAUCAUCACCACGGUCAUAUCUAUGCUAUUGCCAUUCUUCAAUGACAUAGUUGGAAUUCUUGGAGCGUUUGGAUUUUGGCCGCUAACUGUCUAUUUCCCUGUGGAAAUGUACAUUGUGCAAAAGAAGAUAACAAAAUGGAGCACAAAAUGGAUUUGCCUUCAAAUGCUUAGUGUUGCUUGCCUUAUUAUCUCAAUUGCUGCAGCAGCUGGUUCUUUUGCUGGUGUUGUAUCUGAUCUACAAGUUUACAAGCCUUUUAAGACAACUUACUGAUGAUACUGAAUUGGAUUGUCAACAUUUAGGAGAAGCUUCAAUUGCUGUUGAUGUUCAUAACCAAAUUAAGGCCAAAGAAGGCCUUCACUAGCAAGUUGUUGUUUUUCAGAUUGUAGUUCUUUUUAGUACCAUAACAAAAAGGCAGCCCUUCUAUGUAUUUAUGUUGGGAAGUUUGAAAGGGCAAAGAAAGUCGUAAUAUAUCAACUGUGAAUUGUAAUCAUGUUGCACUAAAAGUUUGCAAUCGGAAAUGAAGCCAAUGUCUCAAUA